AUGGUAAACGACACAAUUAGCGAUAUGCUUACACGCUUACGUAAUGCUUAUCUCGCCAAAAAAACGGUUGUAGUAUUAAAAGCAACGCGUAGUGUGAAAGAUAUUGCACAAGUAUUAGCACAAGAAGGCUUCCUUGGACCUAUUGAAAAUGAAGCUAAUGGUUUUUUUACAGUUACACUAAAACGUGGUGUAAAACAAUUUGAACGCGUAAGCACACCUGGUGUUCGUCUGUAUGUAAACCAUAAAGAAUUACCACCUGUUCUCAAUGGGAUGGGCGUGGCCGUUAUCUCGACUUCAAAAGGGGUAAUGACUGACCGUAAAGCUCGUGCUUUAGGAAUUGGUGGCGAAGUAUUGUGUAAAAUUUGGUAA